GGAAUGACUGACCAAUCAACUUGUUCUAUGGGUAUGUCCUUACUAUUUAUUGUGCUGUUGAUGUGGGAGUCGGUCUCGACCAACGCACAGCACCUCAUUUCGAGCAGAAAAAAUCCACCUCAGAAUUUUAGGCACAAUGUCGAUGUCGAAAGACGUCCCACGUGAACCAGAGCAGCUGCGCAAGCUGUUCAUCGGGGGGUUGAGCUUUGAGACCACAGACGAAAGCCUGCGGGCUCAUUUUGAGAAAUGGGGGACUCUCACAGAUUGUGUGGUGAUGAGAGACCCAACUACCAAGAGAUCCAGAGGGUUUGGUUUUGUAACUUACUCUUCAGUUAAAGAAGUGGAUGAUGCCAUGGAAGCUCGUCCUCACAAGGUUGAUGGCAGAGUAGUAGAGCCCAAACGUGCAGUUUCUAGAGAGGACUCAAACCGACCAGGUGCCCAUAUAACUGUGAAAAAGAUUUUUGUUGGUGGCAUCAAAGAGGAUACAGAAGAGUCACACCUCCGUGAUUAUUUCGAACAAUUUGGCAAAAUUGAAGUUAUUGAAAUCAUGACUGACCGGAAUACUUGCAAAAAGAGGGGUUUUGCUUUUGUCACAUUUGAUGACCAUGAUGCUGUCGACCGGAUUGUUAUCCAAAAAUACCACACGAUCAACUGCCACAACUGUGAGGUGAGAAAAGCUCUUACAAAGCAGGAAAUGAACAAUGCAGGAAUGGGCUCUAGAGGACGUAACUCCUAUAGUUGUGGUGGAGGCGGCAGACCUUAUGAAUAUGAUAGAAGCUUCAACCAAGGUGGCAGGGGUAGAUACGGGGAUGGUCCUUACAAUUGCAAUGGUGGUGAUGGGGGUUAUGGCGGAGGCCCAGGUGGUCCUGGUGGAUACAACAAUGGUGGCAACCGUGGAUAUAACCCAGGGUACAACCAAGGUGGUGGUGGAGGAGGGGGCGGUGGCGGCGGCUACGGUGGAAAUGGCUACGACAACGGUUACGGCAACUGUGGUGGUGGUGGCGGCGGCAGUGGCGGCGGCGGCAGCAACUACAACAAUAUGGGACACUAUGACUCCCAGGCUUCUAACUUUGGCCCAAUGAAGAACAACUUUGGAGGUGGUGGCAGCGGUGGAGGAAAUAGAAGCUUUGGUGGUUAUGGAGGAGGCUCUGGCAACAGUGGAUAUGGUCGCCCAGGACGAUUUUAAGUUUGACUGGACUGAGUACUUAGGAGAGGAGAGCAAGGAGAGGAGAGCAAGCGAAGGGACAGGGCAGCUGCAGGUUUACGUCCUAAAUCUGCUCAGCCAAACAGUUGUGGCAGGUUACAGCUGCUGCAAGAAGAGGUGUACAUUAGAUAAAUCAUGGAGGGUCUUUGUUUAAAUAUUUGUUUUUCUUUUCAUCAAUCUUGUGUUUUUGGAAAGCAAGCAUUCCAAUGAGGUUUUAUGUAGAUGUUUCUUUUUAAGUCUGGUUUUUAUUUGUAACUGCAUCAAGCUGAAAUAAACCAACUUUCAGUUUUUUAUAA